AUGCCAGCUUUCAACAACGAAAAAAAAAAACUCCAGUUUUUACGAGCAAUGCUUGGAACAUGUCCAUUAUUUCGCGCUGAAAAUGUCAAAAAUCUUUUGAAAAAGCAGUUAUUGUCUAUAAGUUCAUCUUGUAAUAAAGCCCGAUAUUCUUCGGCACCGUUCCGUCUGGCCGUAAUCGGCAGUGGGCCCGCAGGCUUUUAUACGGCAUAUCACAUGUUGAAAGAAUAUCCACCUACCCUAGUGGACAUGUACGAGGCCCUUCCUGUCCCAUUCGGAUUGGUCCGUUAUGGUGUCGCGCCCGAUCAUCCGGAGGUUAAGAAUGUUCAACACAGAUUCGAUGAAGUCGCACGUGACCCUCGAUAUGCUUUCAUUGGUAACGUACAAUAUGGUAAAGAACUCAAAGUAGAAGAUCUAAGAGCACAUUAUGAUGCCGUUGUUUUCUCAUACGGAGCAAGUCAAGACAAACCGCUUGGUAUUCAGAAUGAAAAUGAUCCAAUCGAGAAUGUAUUUUUCGCGCGUGCCUUUGUCGGCUGGUAUAACGGAUUGCCCCAGUACCGAGACUUGCAACCAGAUCUCACACGCACAGAUACCGCCAUCGUGAUUGGUCACGGUAAUGUCGCUCUGGACGUGUCUAGGAUAUUGUUGACGGAUACCGAGAAAUUGAGUAAAACCGACAUUACUGAAUAUGCAUUAGAGGUCCUAAGGAAAAGUCAAAUACGUAAUGUUAUACUUGUAGGAAGAAGGGGGCCCCUACAGAUUUCUUUCACGGCCAAGGAAUUACGUGAGAUGAUGCGCAUACCGAACACGCGAUUUCACACUGACUUUGACUUGCUGAAAGAAGAAAUUAGCGAGAACUCUGAGUACGUUUCCAACAAUCGUCCUUUGAAGCGUUUGAUGCAAAUCCUAGAAAGUGGCAUUUCUAACACCAUCGGGGAAAAGUCAUGGACACUCAAGUUUUUGAGAAGCCCAACUGAAUUCAUAGUACGUGAUGAUGAUGUCAAUUCUCUCCGUCCUCGAAAUAUUUAUGCGGUUAAGUUUAACGUGAAUAAACUUGAAGGUCCACCUGAAAAGAGAGUUGCCGUAUCAACUGGAGUUACAGAAGAGAUAGAGGGCGGGCUUGUCAUCAAGAGCCUUGGAUAUAUCAGCGUACCGCUGGAUGGAGUUCCAUUUGACGAAAAAAAGGGAACAGUACCAAAUGAUAGAGGAAAGGUGUUAGAUUUGGAUGGGAACGAGGUACCAGGACUUUAUGUUUCCGGUUGGCUUAAGAGUGGCGCGCGGGGAGUGAUAGCCACAACUAU